AUGGCCGGGGGCCGGCGGGGACUGGUGGCCCCGCAGAACACGUUCCUGGAGAACAUCGUCCGGCGGUCCAAUGAUACUAAUUUUGUGUUGGGGAAUGCCCAGAUAGUGGACUGGCCUAUCGUGUACAGCAAUGAUGGAUUUUGCAAGCUGUCUGGCUAUCACAGGGCAGAAGUGAUGCAAAAAAGCAGUACCUGCAGUUUUAUGUAUGGGGAACUGACUGAUAAAGACACAGUUGAAAAGGUGCGACAAACAUUUGAGAACUAUGAGAUGAAUUCCUUUGAAAUUUUGAUGUACAAGAAGAACAGGACACCUGUGUGGUUCUUUGUGAAAAUUGCUCCAAUUCGAAACGAACAGGAUAAAGUGGUAUUAUUUCUUUGCACUUUCAGUGACAUAACAGCUUUCAAACAGCCAAUUGAGGAUGAUUCAUGUAAAGGCUGGGGGAAGUUUGCACGCCUGACCAGAGCACUGACAAGCAGCAGGGGAGUCCUGCAGCAACUGGCUCCCAGCGUGCAGAAAGGCGAGAACGUUCACAAGCACUCCCGUCUAGCAGAG